AUGGUACGGGGAAUAUCAAGACGCCCUAAGAACAAGGGCGCCGGUGCAGCCGCGGACGGCGCAAGCGGAGGCGCGAAGCCCAAGAAGGCCACCUUUGAGACAACCAAGAAGAAGGAGAUUGGUGUUUCCGAUCUGACUCUGCUGAGCAAAGUCUCCAACGAAGCCAUCAACGAUAAUUUGAAGAAGCGAUUUGAGGGCCACGAAAUUUAUACCUACAUUGGCCAUGUGUUGGUCUCAGUCAACCCUUUCAGGGACCUGGGCAUUUAUACUGAUCAGGUCCUCGAGAGCUACAUGGGCAAGAACCGACUCGAAAUGCCACCACACGUCUUCGCCAUCGCCGAGGCCUCGUACUACAACAUGAAGGCAUACAGCGACAACCAGUGUGUCAUUAUUUCAGGAGAGUCAGGAGCCGGAAAGACCGAGGCGGCCAAGCGCAUCAUGCAGUACAUUGCUAGUGUGUCUGGUGGAGAAUCCGGAGACAUCAAGCAGAUUAAGGACAUGGUGCUGGCAACCAACCCCUUACUAGAGUCUUUCGGAAACGCAAAAACACUUCGAAACAACAAUUCCUCGCGUUUUGGCAAGUAUCUACAGAUCUACUUCAACGCCCAGGGCGAACCCGUGGGUGCCGACAUCACAAACUACCUCCUGGAAAAGUCACGAGUGGUGGGCCAGAUCACGAACGAGCGAAACUUCCAUAUCUUUUACCAAUUCGCGAAGGGCGCUUCACAACAAUACCGAGAAACAUUCGGCGUUCAAAAACCCGAGACCUACGUCUAUACCAGUCGGUCAAAAUGCUUGGACGUGGACGGUAUCGACGAUCUCGCCGAGUUUCAGGACACGCUUAAUGCCAUGAAGGUUAUUGGCCUUACUCAGGCUGAGCAAGAUGAAAUUUUUCGAAUGCUGGCGGCUAUCCUAUGGAUUGGAAAUAUCCAGUUUCAGGAGGAUCAGGGCGGCUACGCAGAGGUUAUCGAUCGAUCAGUGGUUGACUUUGCCGCUUACCUGUUAGAAGUUACCCCUGACCAGCUCAUCAGCGGUAUCACAAUUCGAAUCCUGACACCUCGAAAUGGCGAAGUCAUCGAAUCGCCCGCCAACCCUGCCCAAGCACAGGCUACGCGAGAUGCUCUGGCAAUGGCUAUCUACAGCAAUCUUUUCGACUGGAUCGUCGAGCGCAUUAACAAGUCUCUCAAGGCGAGGCAACCGACAACCAAUACAAUCGGCAUUCUGGAUAUCUACGGAUUCGAAAUUUUCGAGAAGAACAGUUUUGAGCAGCUGUGCAUCAACUACGUCAACGAGAAGUUGCAACAGAUCUUCAUUCAACUGACUCUCAAGGCCGAGCAGGAGGAAUAUGCCAGGGAACAGAUUCAAUGGACUCCUAUCAAGUACUUCGAUAACAAGGUUGUGUGCGACCUUAUCGAACAGAUCCGGCCAGUUGGUAUCUUCUCUGCUAUGAAGGAUGCCACCAAGACCGCACACGCUGACCCUGCUGCUUGCGAUCGCACAUUCAUGCAGAGUAUCAACGGCAUGUCUCAUGCUCAUCUUACCCCUCGACAAGGAAACUUCAUCAUCAAGCAUUACGCUGGUGAUGUCACCUAUACUGUCGAAGGUAUUACGGACAAGAACAAGGAUCAGCUUCUCAAGGGGCUUUUGAACCUCUUCCAGCACAGUGGAAACCAAUUUGUUCAUACCCUGUUCCCUCGGCCCGUUGACCAAGAUAACCGAAAGCAGCCUCCUUCUGCAGGCGAUCGCAUCCGAGCUUCCGCCAAUGCCCUGGUCGAGACGUUGAUGAAGUGCCAGCCCUCAUACAUCCGUACUAUCAAGCCCAACGAGAACAAGUCGCCAACAGAAUAUAACAGCCCUAAUGUAUUGCAUCAGAUCAAGUAUCUUGGUCUUCAAGAAAACGUUCGCAUUCGUCGUGCCGGUUUUGCUUACCGCCAAGAUUUCGACAAGUUCGUUGAUCGAUUCUUCCUCUUGUCUCCUGCUACCUCAUACGCUGGUGAAUUCACUUGGGAGGGAACAACUGAGGCUGCUGUAAAGCAGAUUCUCAAGGAUACCAGCAUUCCUAAGGAAGAGUGGCAAAUGGGUGUUACCAAGGCCUUCAUCAAAGCCCCUGAGACGCUCUUUGCCCUUGAGCAUAUGAGAGACAGAUACUGGCACAACAUGGCUACGCGAAUUCAGCGCAUGUGGAGGGCUUACCUCGCCUACCGAGCCGAGUCGGCGACCCGAAUUCAGCGAUUCUGGCGGAAGAAGCGAACCGGAGCAGAGUACCUUCAGCUUCGUGACCAUGGCCACCAGGUCCUGGGAGGUCGCAAGGAAAGACGCCGUAUGAGUCUGCUGGGUUCUCGACGAUUCCUUGGUGACUAUCUGGGUGUCAAUGCAAGCACCGGCCCCGGAGCUCAGAUCCGCAACGCAGCUAGUAUUGGUACAAACGAAAAGGCGGUAUUUUCAUGCCGUGCUGAGAUUCUGGAGGCCAAGUUUGGUCGAUCCAGUAAAGCAAGCCCUCGAAUCAUCGUCGUCACCACCAACAAGUUCUAUAUCAUUGCUCAAAUGCUUGUGAAUGGCCACCCACAAAUCUCAGUUGAGAAAGCGGUGCCCUUGGGAGCCAUCAAGUUCAUCGGCGCCUCAUCAGCGCGCGAUGAUUGGUUCUCGCUUGGCAUUGGCUCCCCUCAGGAACCUGACCCCCUCAUGAAUUGUAUGCUCAAGACAGAAAUGUUUACUCAGAUGCAGCGAGUGAUGCCCGGUGGAUUCAACCUUAAGAUCGCUGAGACAAUCGAGUAUGCCAAGAAGCCCGGCAAGAUGCAGCAGGUCAAGGUCCUGAAGGAUUCACAACUUCCAGUUGAUUACUAUAAGAGUGGUGCUGUGCACACGCAGCCCGGUGAGCCACCGAGCUCCAUCUCUAGACCUACACCCAAGGGCAAGCCUGUACCUCCUCGCCCCAUCACUCGAGGCAAGCUGAUCAAGCCUGGUGGCCCCAACGGUCGACCUUCUCGCAUCCAGGGCAACCGAACUGCCAAGCCUAGACCAGGGGCAGGUCGAGCCGUGCCUCAACCACCAGCUGCUGUCUCUAAUAUCGCCGCUGUUCCCGCUGCCGCAGCCCAAAGCACUCCUCGUAUCGCCCCUCGUCCUGGUGCCAACGCUGCUACUCCAAUUCCCGCUGCCCACAACGCUCUCCCAAGCCAUACUCGCAAUGCUAGUGGCGCUGGACGUGCACCCCCACCGCCGCCUCCUGCUGUCGCAGCACGCCCACCAAGCCCACCCAAGGUGAUGGCCAAGGUCUUGUAUGACUUUGCUGGACAACGAGAAAACGAGCUCACAAUCACCGCUAAUGAGAUCGUUGAGAUCGUGCAGAAGGAAUCCAAUGGUUGGUGGCUAGCCAAGAACCCUCAAACUGCACAACAGGCUUGGGUCCCUGCAGCAUAUGUCGAGGAACAAGCUCCACCUGCGCCUCGAGCUCCUCCGGCUCCUCCGCGAUCCAAGCCAACACCCCCUGCGCCCCCAGCCAAGCGUCCUGCUGCUAACCGUAAGCCUGCCGAGCUUCAGCAGCGUGACUCUGGCAUGAGCCUCAAUACGCCCAAUGGAGGAGACAGCCGCAGCAGCACACCAACACCCAGCUUAGGUGGGAGUUUAGCGGAUGCUCUUCUGGCCAGGAAGAAUGCUAUGCAAAAGGAAAAGGAGGAUGACGAUGACUGGUAG